UACAUAGGAGAGAGGGACAUGGAGUAGGGGAUGUGGGAAGUACCUUGUCAGAACCCCGGACGAUGGGGAAAGCAAAAGGGUGAUGUGGAUGGGAAAUUAGGGCAAAAAUGGGGCUGUGUACCCCAGCCAUGUGAAAGAUCCAAUGGGAAAUCCCCCAUGGCCUCUCCGUUUAUUUCGACGAAGUUACAGGACUCCUCUGUCUCCUUUUGGGACACAAACCUCCGGCGCUGUGAAUUUUCUCGCACGUUCCUUGCUCCGCGCCUCGCAAGCCGACCUUCCCCACGCUGCCAGCACAACCCCGGCGCCGCAGGGCCCACCCUCGGUAACAGCAGGAAACCGAAAGUUUGGGAGGUCACCUCCAGGAAGAUACCAGGUGAUUGAAGGCAUAAUGUCUCCUGUCAGUGAUAGGUAUGGGAAGAAAGGCUUGGUGUCAGCAAGGCACCGGGUGGCAAUGGCCAAACUGGCCCUGGAGACGUCUGACUGGAUCCGGGUGGAUCCCUGGGAGAGCGAGCAGGACACGUGGACAGAGACGGUGAAAGUAUUAAGGCACCAUUAUAAUGAAGCACUCAGAGCAUUCCAGUCCAAGAAGGAGUUCACAAGAAACAAACAUCCCAUGGAAAGCUCCGCAGGGGACUCCCUUUCUUGCCAGCAACCAGUUCUACCAGAAUUAAAGCUGCUCUGUGGAGCUGAUUUUCUACAGACAUUUAAGACACCCAAUCUCUGGAAGGAAGAAGACAUCAAAGAAAUAGUGGGAAAGUUUGGUUUGGUCUGCAUUAGCCGGGCUGGCUCUGAUCCAUCUCAGUUCAUCCAGGAAUCAGACCUUUUAUCUAAAUUUCAGCACAACAUUUUUCUAGUGAGAGAGUGGAUCCAGAAUGAAGUCAGUGCGACGCAGAUCCGCUCUGCCCUGUGCAGAGGGCUGAGUGUGAAAUAUCUCAUCCCAGACUCUGUCAUUGCCUACAUUGUACAGCACAACGUCUACACAGCAGAGAGCGAGCGCAGGAACGAGGGGCACCUGCUGCAGCCUCUCAGGCUGCAAAACCCAACAAUAAACCCUCUGAGGGACUGAUUCCGGCACUGUGUGCCAUGUCAGA